AUGAGGGAAACUUGUGAAAGGUUCAAGAUUGCUCAUCGAAAUCCCACAGUUUACCGGCCACAGAUGAAUGGAGAAGUUGAUGCUGCAAAUAAGAAUAUUGACAAGAUUUUAAGGAAAAUACUGGAUAGUCACAGGCAAUGGCAUGAGAAGCUACAAUAUGCUUUACUCGGUUAUCACACCACAAUCAGAAAAUCAACUGGGGAAACUCCUUAUAUGUUGGUUUAUGGUUUGGAGGUUGGUCUGGACGAUGCAGAAUGGAUAUGUAGUAGGCAUGAACAAUUGAUGUUCAUCAAUGAAAAGAGGAUGGACGUGGUUUUUCAUGGACAACUCUAUCAGAACAGAUUGAUCAAAGCAUUCAACAAGAAAGUCAAACCUCGACAGUUCACACCGGGCCAGUUAGUAUUGAAGAAGAUCUUUCCUCAACAAAGAGAAGCCAAAGGAAAAUUCGCACCAAAUUGGCAAGGAUCCUACAUGGUUCGUAGAGUACUCUCCGGAGGAGCAUUAAUCUUAGAAGAAAUGGACGACAGAGUGAGCACAAAGCUAAUUAAUUCAGACGCCAUCAAGAAGUACUACAUCUGA